AUGGAGAUAGAAGAUAAGUGCAAGGUUGUCCUGAGAGUGUAUCCACUUGGAGAUUCAGAGCUGAAUAAGUUUAUAGCAUCCUCUCUUGGAAAGCAGGAAGUGCAUAUAUGGCAUACAUCAGUCGAGGUAUUUGGCUCUGAGUAUUACUUCCAGAGUGGAAUCAUGAAAGCAGUGCCUGGAAGCACAGUACAUGGAAUCCCGGUGGCCAUGCAUGACCUUGGUGUAACAAGCAUCCCUGAGAUUGUAUUCGAUGAUUUCUUGUGCUCAAUACAGGAUGACUUUGCACCUCAUAAAUACCAUUUGCUCAGGAACAAUUGCAACGACUUUAGUAACAUACUGGCAAUGUAUUUAGUUGAGAAAAGCAUUCCUGACUAUAUUCUGGAACUUCAAAGAGCUGCAUUGAAGUCUGAAUGGAUGUCUUCUGCUGUAGAUAUGUUCUUUGGAAAAUAA